AUGUCCUCUUCGUCCGUGGACUACAAUGAGAAGAAUAACGCUCAUAAGGAGCAACUGAGAAAUGAUACUGACGACUCCGGCUCCACCGCCGUUUCCGAUUCUUCCCUUCUACCUUAUAGACUUACUCAUGCAAAGGUUGCCACUCAGUUUAACACAAACACUGAUGAUGGUUUAUCCUCUGCUCAGCAUGCCGACCUCGUGAAGAAGUUUGGCCUCAACAACUUGGGUGAAGGUGACAAGGUUUCUUAUACUAAAGUUUUCGCUCACCAGGUUUUCAAUGCCAUGAUCAUGGUUUUGAUCAUUUCCAUGGUCAUUGCUUUGGCCAUUAGGGACUGGAUUUCCGGUGGUGUGAUCGGUGCUGUCGUGUUCAUUAACAUUUCCAUCGGUUUUGUUCAGGAAGUUAAGGCCGAGAAGACAAUGGGCUCCUUGAGAUCCUUGUCUUCUCCAUCCGCUAGAGUUACUCGUGAUGGUGACGAGCAGGACAUCGCCGCCGAAGAUGUUGUCCCUGGUGACAUUGUUCACAUUAAGGUCGGUGACACUGUUCCAGCCGAUUUGAGAUUAUUUGACACUAUGAAUUUGGAAACCGACGAGGCCCUUUUGACUGGUGAGUCCUUGCCAGUCGCCAAGAACGAGGAUGAAGUGUACUCUGACCCUAAGCAGUACGUUCCAGUUGGUGACAGACUUAACAUGGCUUUCUCCUCUUCUGUUGUUGCCAAGGGUAGAGGUAUCGGUAUUGCCGUGGCCACUGGUUUGCAGACCGAAAUUGGUCAGAUUGCCCAAUCUUUGAAGGGUGACAGCGGUAUUAUUAGAAAGGUUGACAAGUCCGGCGACAAGCAGCCAGGUGCCAAGGAGUACUCUCACGCUUUCUUUGGUACUAUUUGGGACAUUAUUGGUAACUUUUUGGGUGUCACCGUUGGUACUCCUUUGCAAAGAAAGUUGUCUUGGUUGGCUAUCUUCUUGUUCUGGGUCGCUGUUGUUUUCGCCAUUGUCGUUAUGGCCACCCAGGAGAUGGAUGUCAACAGAGAAGUUGCCAUUUACGCUAUUUGUGUUGCCUUGUCUAUGAUUCCUUCCGCUUUGAUUGUUGUUUUGACUAUUACUAUGGCCUUCGGUGCCCAAGUCAUGGUUUCCAAGAAUGUUAUUGUUAGAAAGCUUGACUCCUUGGAAGCCUUGGGUGGUAUUAACGAUAUUUGUUCCGAUAAGACUGGUACCUUGACCCAGGGUAGAAUGGUUGUCAAGAGAGUCUGGGUUCCAUCCGUGGGUACCUUUAGUAUGGAAAACUCCAACGAGGCUUUCCACCCAGAUGAGGGUGACUUGGCUUUCACUCAGUACUCUCCAAAGUACGUUAAGGAGACCGACGAAGAAAUUGACUUUUUGCCUUUAGACAGAAACCAGCCUGACUCUUUUGCUGAGAACUUCAAGAAGUGGUUGAACGUCGCUACUUUGGCUAACAUUGCUUCCGUCCAUCAAUCUAAGGAUGAAGGUUCCGGUGAAAUGGUCUGGAAGGCCCACGGUGACGCUACUGAAAUUGCUAUCCAGGUUUUCUGCUGCAGAGUUGGCUACGGUAGAGAGGAAUACUCAAAGAGCUUCAAGCACAUUGAGGAAUACCCAUUCGACUCUUCUAUCAAGAGAAUGUCUUCUAUCUGGCAAAUGGGCAAUGACACUAAGAUUUUCACUAAGGGUGCCGUCGAGAGAGUCAUCCGUAAGUGUACUAAAUGGACUGGUAACCCUGAGGAGAAGACUGACACUGACAAGCUUGUUGACUUGACUGAAGAUGAUAUUGCUCUGAUUGAAGCCAACAUGGACGCUUUGUCUUCCCAGGGUUUGCGUGUUUUGGCUUUCGCUUCUAGAGACUUUGACUCCAACAAGGACAAGCUUGACGACAGAGACGGUAUCGAAGAUAACUUGGUUUUCCACGGUUUGGUUGGUAUUUACGAUCCUCCAAGAUUGGAAACUGCUCCUUCUGUUAAAUUGUGUCACAAGGCCGGUAUCAAUGUUCACAUGGUUACUGGUGACCACCCAAGUACUGCCAAGGCUAUUGCUCAGGAAGUUGGUAUCUUGCCUCACAACUUGUACCACUACUCCGAUGAAGUUGUCAAGGCUAUGUGUAUGGCUGCCAGUGAGUUCGAUGAAUUGACUGAUGACCAAAUCGAUGAGUUGCCUGUUUUGCCAUUAGUUAUUGCCCGUUGUGCUCCUCAGACCAAGGUUAGAAUGAUCAAUGCUUUGCACCGUCGUGAAAAAUUCUGUGCCAUGACUGGUGACGGUGUUAACGAUUCUCCUUCUUUGAAAAAGGCUGAUGUUGGUAUUGCCAUGGGUCAAAAUGGUUCCGAUGUUGCUAAGGACGCUUCCGAUAUUGUGUUGACUGACGAUAACUUCGCUUCCAUUUUACAUGCCAUUGAAGAAGGUCGUAGAAUGGCUGCUAACAUUCAGAAGUUUAUUUUGCAGCUUUUGGCUGAGAACGUUGCUCAGGCUAUCUACUUGAUGGUCGGUUUGGCUUUCCAGGAUGAAGAUGGUUUGUCUGUUUUCCCAUUGUCCCCAGUUGAAGUGUUGUGGAUUUUGGUCGUUACUUCUUGUUUCCCAGCUAUGGGUUUGGGUCAGGAGAAGGCUGCUGAUGACAUUUUAGAACAACCUCCAAACCGUCACAUUUUCACCAAGGAAAUUAUCAUUGAUAUGCUUGCCCUCGGUCUUUUCAUGGCUAUCAGUUGUAUGCUUUCUUUCGUUGUUGUCGUUUUCGGUGAUGGUGACGGAAACUUGGGCCGUAACUGUAACAACAGUGACGGUGAUAGCUGUAACUUGGUCUUCAGAGGCAGAUCUGCUUCUUUCGCUACCAUGACAUGGUGUGCCCUUGUCCUUGCUUGGGAGUGUAUUCACCCAACCAACUCCUUGUUCUACAUGAGACAGGACACUGACAACCCUUGGUGGAAGCAGACCGCCAUCGACCUUUGGGACAACCAGUUCUUGUUCUGGUCCGUUAUUGGUGGUUUCGUUACUGUUUUCCCAGUCGUCUACAUUCCUGUUAUCAAUGACAAGGUCUUCCUCCACGACCCAAUCGGAUGGGAGUGGGGUUUGUCUGUGGCUUGUGUUCUUUUCUUCUUGGUUGCUGCCGAGGCUUGGAAAUGGGGCAAGAGAGUCUACAAGAGAAAGUGGAGCACCAAGGUCAAGAAUCCAGAAUACGAGUUGGAGAGAAACGAUCCAUUCCAGAGAUACGCCUCUUUCUCCAGACAAAACACCAUGGACCCAGAUAUGCUUACUUAA